AUGGCUCCUUGUUGUCGCCACCGCGCCAACUCCGCCAUCGCCUUCCGCUCUUCCCACUUAGCUGUCGCCGCCACGAUUCCCUCUCGAAGCGCCCUCGCCUCUAGGAGACGACCGCUCCGCGCACCGCUCGCGCUGGCCCUCGGCGCUCUUCACUCCCUCGCUCUCAACUUCUUCGCUCUCCUCUGCCUUGUUCUGCUCGCCGUCUCCCCUCUCGCCUCCGCUCGCUCCCUCGACAAUGCGCCGCCAGCUUAUCCCCCUACACCUGAUCCCAUCUUUGAGUCGACUCAAAAGCCUGUGCAGCCGUCUUUUGAGACAUCUCAAAAGCUGUCUCCAUACCCAAUCUUCACUUUUUUACACCCUUUUCCUCCACCUCCCGUUGCCCCUUACCCUUCCCUUUCUCCCUUCCCCGUUCUCCCUUUCUGCUUCUUCCUUCUCCCUCCCUCCUUCGCCCUUCUCCCUUCCCACUCCCCCCUUCCCACUUCCCCUUUCUCCCUUUCUACUUCCCCUUUCUCCCUUUCUACUUCCCCUUUCUCCCUUUCUACUUCCCCUUUCUCCCUUUCUACUUCCCCUUUCUCCCUUCCUUCUUCCCCCUUCCCCCUUCCCCCUUCCCCACACACAACCGCAGCCCCCUCUCCGCCCCCUCCCAAGGGGGGCUACGACUACCCCUGUCUAUGGAAGGACGUCUCCAAUCCUCACCUCUCCACACCCCUCUAUACCUCUCCACACCUUCCCCACACAGCUGCGGUCCCCCCUCCCUCCCCUCCCUCUGGCGGCUACGACUACACCUGCCUAUGGAAGGACGUGUCGAAGACCAACUGCAGCGACAAGAGCGUCGGGCCGUGGGGCAUCCUCACCUUCAUCGUGCUCCUCGACGUCUCGAAGACCAACUGCAGCGACAAGAGCAUCAGGCCGUGGGGCAUCCUCACCUUCCCAACACUCAGCUGUUGCCCCUUCCCCUUCUCCCUUCCCCCUUCCCUACACGCAGCGGCGGUCCCCCCGCCACCCCCUCCCUCGCCUCCCUCUGGCGGCUACGACUACACGUGUCUGUGGAAGGACGUCUCGAAGACCAACUGCAGCGACAAGAGCAUCGGGCCGUGGGGCAUCCUCACCUUCAUCCUCCACCUUACCAUGCCAAACGAGGAAUCAGGAGGAGAAGCACCUGCUUCUCCUCGCAAUGGACUUUCUGUGCUCGGGGUUUUCCCCCGGCUGGGCAAAGCCUAUGCCACUCCUGUCCAAGAACCUCCUCGCCCCGAAUCACCAGUCCGUUCAGUCGGCAUGGUGUAUGCGUGGGAGGCACCGAACUCGCCGACUGCCUGGGAGCCACACCCGUCCGUGACAUUGGUGCCUGGUGGUGACGAGGGCCCUUCAAACGGAGGCGAGAGCACUCCGUCAACGGUCAACAGCGCUCCAGCUAAGCGUGCUCGAACCGGUGGUGUGAAAUACACCCAGCAGCUCCUGUGGGGUGCAAAGCCUCCACGCAAACCACCAAGUCCUCCACGUGUACCUCCGCCAGUGGAGGCUGAGGAGCUACCCCAAUCGGAUGCGGACACUGAUGAAGCUCUGGCGGUGAAAGAUGCUGCGACUGCCGUGAAGGAGCUCAACAUUGUCGACACCAUCGUGCGCGGGUUUGCCUCCCUUCUAUCCAACAGCAACGUCCAGCACGCGCGGUUCAUGAAUCUACAGCUCACCUUCUGUCAAACCAACCUGGAAGCCCAAGGCAUCCAUGCAGUUCGUUGGUUAUCUCGCGGGGAAGCCGUGUCUCGUCUUCUGGAAGUGCUCCCGGCUGCCAUUGUUUUGAUGAAAGACCAGUCGCCGACGAUGUACGAAGUGGCGACGUCAUUCAAGUUUCACUGGCUUCUGCGGCUCCUGGCGGACGUCCUGUUCGAGCUAAAUCAGCUCAACCUUCGGUUCCAGCAACGCCAGGUGGACGUGACUCUGGUGGCACACCUUGCAGAGCAGACGCGGAUGCGCCUCACCCAACGCUACCUCCGUGUCCCCGAGGGACACACAUUCGGUCAUGGCGACAAGAUGCAUUUGCCUGCCUUCAUUCGUGCACAUGGGAAGUUGGACCCGGACAAGCGGAAGAUGAAGGUGGAAGGGGUCGAUAGCGAUGGGACCCCAUCCUCUCAUGAGUUCGUGCUCCACGAGCGACCACUGGCCGAUGAAGACCCUGACGGUGAAGCGACGGCAGGUGACGCGACAGCAUGCUACGAGCUGUCGACCAAGUUUGUGCGGGAGGUUGUCAAGCAGCUUGAGAAGCGCCCAAGAGAUCUGUCUCACCUCAAUGGCUCGAAGCUGUUCCUGUCAUCGAAGUACCUACAAGAUGAUGACAAGCGUGUCGCGGCGUUCAAGCGCUGGCUGAAGCACCUCCAUGUGCUCUACCGCGAGUCCUUGCCAGGUUUGUGCGCUGUUGAUUAUGACAACUCUGUGCACACAUGA